AUGAGUGAAGGGUCAAGCAAAGACGACACGCAACAACGAUUUGAAAAGUUGAGUCUAGAUCGGGAUGCAGAUGCCAGAAGUGCUUCAGAAUCAUCCGUUUCAUCAACAUCAACAUCAAUAGCUUCCGCAUCUGUAUCUGUACCUGCAUCCGCCCCAUCUAUGGCUCAACCACCUGUAUCUUCUCCACCUAUAGCACCUUCAACAGUACAUACUCCAUUGAAUAGUGACAUACAAGCCAGAUUAUUGGCUUUUCAGCAAAAACGAUCAAAGCCAGCUUCGGAACCAAUGAAUGUUUACAAACAACACAAUGCAACGGCACCAAAUGUGUCAAUGGCAUCACCUACACAGCUGUCACUUGCACCACCGGCACCUCCUCCACAUGCCACCGAAUUCAAAAGUGACUCAAAAUUGGAAACUUUGUCCAAUGUUGAUCAGGAGAUUGGAACUACUUCAACUAGCAAAAACCAACUUGACAUCCCAUCGGCAACAUCUAGCAAUCGAGAUUUUGCAUUAGACUCUAAGAAUGCAAUAAAUUCAGUUAAUUCCAAUUCUCAACUUGCGAAUGUGCCCCUUAGGAAUUCAACUACUUCAAGUAGAGGUAUUCCAGGACAAACUCACGGCCAGAUAUCGAGCCCCAAUCUGAACCCUGCACAAUCUCCAAACUUCAAGCCACAAAUGAAUAUACAAAAGAAACCGUCGCUAUCCCAAAGACGAGGAAUGAAGUUAAACACCAAUGCGUUUCCAUUUGGUAGUCCACCAAUUUCAUCAGAAUCACCACCAUCAGCCGCAAUGUCACCAACUUCGCUAGAUGCAUCACUCAGCCUUGAUACAGCAGUUGCCAGAACACCAGACCGUGAGCAGCCACUGUUGGGGACUACAGGUGUGGCGUCAUCCACUUCCACUACUGGUGGUGACACUUUAGCAACAUCUAAUGUAAACUCCUCCACAGCACCAUCUUCCACAGCACCAUCUUCGACCACAUCAACUCCAUUUGCAAGCACGAUCAAUUCCAAACUAGGUACACCCAAUGAGUUAUCGAGACGAUUAUCUGAACGGAAAAAGAAGCCCAAUUUCAAGCUUAAUUUGGAUUCACCAGGAAGCAAUAUUCCUUCAAGAAGUAGUAGUUUGGGCAAGUCCAAUUCCUCCGGCCCAUCGAGCGAUAAUAAUAGUCCUCAACAGCAAGAGAAAGAACCGCAACUACAAGGUCUCUUUGCCAAUUACUCGAAAUAUAUCGACAUCAAAUCUGGUCAAUUAAACUUUGCGGGGAAAGCGUCGUUACAUUCCAAAGGUAUAGAUUUUUCAUCAGGUUCGUCUUUCCAUAUUUCUUUAGAUGAAUUUGAGUACUUGGAGGAAUUGGGACGAGGAAACUACGGAUCAGUCUCCAAAGUUUUGCACAAACCUACGGGCGUUUUAAUGGCCAUGAAGGAAGUGAGAUUGGAAUUGGAUGAAACAAAGUUUACCCAAAUUUUGAUGGAAUUGGACAUUUUACACAAAUGCGAUUCGCCAUACAUUGUCGACUUUUAUGGUGCUUUUUUUGUUGAAGGUGCUGUUUACAUGUGUAUUGAAUAUAUGGAUGGUGGCUCACUCGACAAGAUUUUUGGUAAUGAUAUUGGAGUGCAAGAUGAAAGUGAAUUGGCAUACAUUACCGAGUCCGUCAUACGUGGCUUAAAGGAACUUAAGGACAAGCACAACAUCAUUCAUCGUGAUGUUAAACCAACAAAUAUAUUGGUCAAUUCUCAAGGCAAAGUCAAACUUUGUGAUUUUGGUGUUUCGGGCAACUUGGUGGCAUCAAUGGCGAAAACUAACAUCGGGUGUCAAUCGUACAUGGCGCCAGAAAGAAUCAAGAGUUUGAAGCCAGAUGAAGCCACAUACUCUGUCCAGUCCGACGUGUGGUCGUUGGGAUUAACCAUUUUGGAAUUAGCCGUGGGCCACUACCCUUACCCAGCAGAAACUUAUGAUAACAUCUUUUCUCAAUUGAGUGCAAUUGUCGAUGGCGAGCCUCCCAAAUUAGAUGCAUCUCGAUAUUCAAAAGAAGCACAGUUUUUUGUCAAGUCGUGCUUGAAUAAGAACCCCGAUCUAAGGCCGUCCUACGGUGGUUUGUUACAACAUCCUUGGUUGGUCAAGUAUAGAGACCAACCCCAACAUUUGGACAAAACAGUACAAGAAAGAUUGCACCAGUUGAAACAUGGCCAGGCACCUGUAUCCGUAUCUGAGUCAAGUACAACAGCAUCAGCAUCAGCGGUAACGCCAUCUGUAUCCAAAGCCAAACCAGCAGCUGCAAUCCCACAGAGAGCAAACAAUGCCGAAUCAGUUCAUUCAUUAUUGAAAAAGAAGGUACGUGCUCCAGCAUUACAUAGAGGUGGAUUACCUCAAACUAAUAAUAAAAGUUUCCUACAAAACUUGAAUAAAGAGACCAAGGGUGGUAAAUAG